CCUCAUUUCACUAUUAGAAAAAGAAAGUUAAAUUAUUUGUUUUGCUUAGUUAAUUCUCUAUAAUAUUGAAAAAUUUCUUUUAUAGUAAUCCAGAUUCGAACGUGAAACCUUUAAUCAAAAAAUCGUACCAUAAAUUCUAUUUAAACACUACUUCCCUUGUUCACUUCACCAUAAAUCAUGAACUCUUCAAUAGUGUCUCAACACUUCUUCAUCUCAUUAAAGAGCUCUUUGGAUCUUCAAUGCUGGAAAUCAUCAUCACCAUCAUCAAUAUCUAUGGGUGAAUUCAAAGGAAUUCAUGAUAAACUUCAAAUUCUAAAGCUGCCUCUAACAAUGUCUGAUCGUGGACUCAGCAAGAUUUCAUGCUCAUUAAGCUUACAAACUGAAAAGCUUCGUUAUGAUAAUGAUGAUAAUGAUGAUCUCGAGCUUCAUGAAGAGCUUAUACCUAAACACAUUGCUUUGAUAAUGGAUGGUAAUAGGAGAUGGGCAAAGGCUAAGGGUUUAGAAGUAUAUGAAGGUCACAAACUUAUUAUUCCAAAAUUAAAAGAGAUUUGUGAUAUUUCUUCUAAAUUGGGAAUACAAGUUAUCACUGCUUUUGCUUUUUCUACUGAAAAUUGGAAACGAUCCAAGGAGGAGGUUGAUUUCUUGAUGCAAUUAUUUGAAGAAUUCUUUAACGAAUUUUUGAGGUUUGGAGUAAGAGUGUCUGUUAUUGGUUGUAAAUCCAACCUUCCAAUGACAUUACAAAAAUGCAUAGCAUUAACAGAAGAGACUACAAAGGGUAACUAA